AUGCCUGCCGCAAACCCAUCUAUAAGAUCCCAAGGCAAUGGUGAAGGAGGUCACACUUCAUAUCGAACUGCACCAUCUGGUCAAAGAGCAUCUGGGUCAUCGCGUGGUAUUACAUCAUGGAAAGACGUGCAUAAUCUAGAUGCAUUUUUGACACGAAUUUACGAGUAUUAUUGUGGAAAGGGAUAUUUCUGUAUGAGUUUGGUUGAUCUCACCAGCAUUGCAUCUUUGGCAUUUAUUAUAUUCACAUCUACAUUUCUGCUGUCGUGCGUAAAGUACGAAUUGAUUCAUGAAAAAAAGCGACUUUUGGAUGUUGUAGAUUCCGACUGCAUUGGAUCUAUGAGCUGGCCAACCUCUACGAUUUUGCUAGUAUUCAUUCUGUGGUGGGUCUUUCAAGUAUUUCGUUUUUUUACCAGCUUGCCCCGUCUUCGUGAAAUGCAAGCCUUUUACACUACAAUUCUUGAAAUUUCUGACGAUAAGCUACAAAACACGCUAUGGAGUGAUGUUGUAGAUCGUAUCAUCCAAACGCGCGACCUUUAUGGUAGAUCCAAUCCAACGGCUGUUUUACGCAAAUUAGAUGCCCAUGACAUUGCCAACAGAAUUCUCCGUAAAGACAAUUAUAUUAUUGCCAUGAUCAACAAAAAUGUAUUGAAUCUUUCUGUUCCACUUUUUGGCAAGCGUCAAAUCAUGUCAAAACUGAUUGAAUGGAACCUGCAGUGGUGUAUUUUCGAAUUGGUGUUUGAUAGUAAAGGACAGAUUCGGAAAGAGUAUUUGCGAGAAAGUCAGCGAAGUCGAUUGAUUGAACGCAUGCAGAAACAGUUUCGAAAAAUGGCAAUUUUGAAUUUGCUUUUGUCGCCUUUUUUGUUGAUUUUUCUAGUGAUUUACUCAUUGUUCAAAUACGCCGAGGAGUAUCAACGCAAUUCAUCUGCAUUGAGUGCAAGGCAGUACUCGCCGUUUGCCAUGUGGAAGUUUCGUGAGUUUAAUGAAUUACCUCAUUUGCUACGAACACGGCUUUUUCGAAGCACAGAAAGUGCCAAUACAUAUAUUCGACAGUUUCCGCACUAUCCUCUGGUGAUUGUAGUAAAAUUUAUAUCGUUUGUGUCUGGAUCGCUUGGAGCAAUUCUGCUUGCACUGACACUGUUUGAAGAAGAAAUGCAACAAGGUUUUGAAAUCAGUCCAGGUCGUUCAGCCUUUUUCUAUAUUGGACUUUGUGGAACUAUCAUGGCUAUAAGCAGAAGUAUUGUUCCCCCAGAAACCGAAGUAUACGAUCCAGAACAGUGGAUGAGAGAAGUUGCAGCAGAAACACACUAUCUUCCCGAUACCUGGCGAUCGCAUGCUCACACGUCUCAAGUGCGAUCAGAGUUUUGUGAACUGUACGAUUACAAGCUUGUUUUGUGGAUAUUUGAGCUGCUGAGUGUGUUGGUUGCACCUUUUGUGUUGUAUUACUCGUUGCCUGGAUGUGCGGGUGAAAUUGUAGAUUUUUUUAGAGCGUUUACAAUCAAAAGCGAUAGGCUAGGAUAUGUAUGUUCGUUUGCUGUGUUUGAUUUUAAACGGCAUGGAGAUGUCAGAUUUGGAGCGCCAGCUUUGGGUAAUCAAGUGCCAGAAGCAUAUGAUGGCAGACUUGUAUCCAAUCAAGGCAAGAUGGAAAUGUCGUUUUUAAACUUUAAAGCAAACCAUCCGCAUUGGGAGCCUGAUGUCGAUGGAGAAGAAUACUUGUCGCGAUUGUUGGCUCAUCGACGUGAUCGUAUUAUUGGCAGUGGAGGGCUACGACCUAAUCAUUUAGGAUCUGGUGCAGCAUCAUAUCAGGGAUCGAUGAUGGGGCAGUCAAGGUUUGCCCAGCCAAUGGGAGGAACAGUCAAUGGUUUACCCUCACCGUACCGUCAUGAGCUGAUGACAUCAACGAUGAUGGAAAGUCCUGGGUUAAAUGGGGACGGCAGAUACGGUUCUGGUAUGAUGGAGUCGUAUCUACGUGGAGAAUCUAUGAUUCAAACAACGCAGCUGAAUGCUGGACGCGUUGGUCGCGAGCUUCUUGGAAUUCUGGAUGCCAUUCACGAAGCGCAUCAUUAUAUGAUGUAAUGGGUUAUUUAUAUAGCAAUCUACUCUCGACUCUAGAUGUGUAUAAACAAAAAUAAACACGAUUGGAAACGUUGCAAUCUGCUCUUG